AUGGGCACAUCAGAUGCAAGCAACCCACCUAACCAGCCACAGGAUCUUCAACAUAGGACAGCCACAAACUAUUAUGAAGAGGUCCUGGAAGAUAGCAAAGUCAUGAACAAUUAUUUGGAGCAAAUAGGAACAUAUAUAGCUCAGACAGUGUAUGGCUAUACAGAUGGACCAUAUUUCAUGGACUCAUUGCCAGAUGGGUACAAACUUUACCGUCCACCAUUCUCAACCAGAAAAUGCAAAGAAACCAAGGUCUGA